GUCAACUUCAGAUAUUAGAAUAAACCUCUUUGAUCAAUGGAUGAGAAAACCAAGAUAAUAGGGAAAAUACUGCACGAAAAUGAUUCUGAAAAACAAUGAAAAGAUGAUCCUGCAGACUGCAACAAAGAAUAUUCUAUAUCUUUACUUGCCAAUAAAAGCACCACCCGCUUUUAUUACAUCCUUAAAAGUUAUAAAUCAUUCAAUCCUCAUAUUCUUUCUUAUUUCUUCAGAACUACUAGUACACAACUCAAAGGAAUCAGAUGUCAUCUUGGAAAGAUAUGAGACCUCAAAAUUGGGUUAAAACACGGUUCGAGUCAAGCCAAAUGAGUUUUAAAGAGCCAAAUGUGGAAGCAGAUUAUGCUGCAGCUGUUGCAGCCGCAGCAUAUGCCAUUAACUCUAGGGACUUGCAUGUCAUGGACCAAACAGAACCAGAUGUCCAACCACAAUUCUAUCUGCCUAAUAUCUUAAGCAGAUUUGUCGACAAAACAAUCGCAACCGCAAAACCUUUUACAACACCAGAAAGAAUGUCAGAUGAACACGAAAUUGCAAGAAGGAUGAUGCGAGAGAAAAUCAUCCAUCCAAUACAAUCACCUAAAAGAACUCCAACUCUUCUGAAAAAGAGACUAACAUUUACCGAUGAACAACAUGAAGUUACAGAUAUGCCGCCGUUCGAUUUUAUUGAAAAGGCUCCAAGUUUUUAUAAUGCCGAAUCGAAGGAUAUCAAUCGGAUGAUACCGACUGCUUCCUUCUCCGGAAGGAAUCCGAGUGUGAGAAGGAAUCCGACUUUUAGCGAAGCACAUAAUAUGCAGGAUGCUAAAACAACAAAACAAGAAAUGUUACCAAUAAAUACCUUUCCAUAUUCAUCGUCUCUGAUCCCAACUUCGACUGAAGCUCAACCUAAACGGUCAAUACGAUACAGAGGAAUGAGAACAGAUAUAGAAUCAGAUGCAGAUGCUUGGGAAAGAGAACAGAUGGAAAAAAUCAAAGCAAGAUAUGAGAAACUGAACGCAACGAUUUUAGAUUGGGAGGACAAUAAGAAGAAGAAAGCCAGACGGAAAAUAGAAACAGCAGAGAGUGAAGGGGCAAAAAGGAGGCCAAAAGCCAUGCACAAUUAUCAAAUUGAAAUGGAAAGAAUAAAAGAAAUCAGUGAUGGAGCAAAAGCACAGGCAAACGAUAAACGAAGGAAUGAAGAAUUGAAGGUAAUGGAGAAGGCUAAUAAGUACCGAGAAACUGGACAACCUCCUCUAUCUACAGUGUGUCUUUGCUUUUAAAGACACCACAUGAUAUCAUCUAAGCAAGAUUUUCUAACACAAUGAAAAAUUAAAAUGAAAUGUAUAUAUAUGAUGUGGUGAGUGGUGAUUCGUAUACUAUUUAUUGAUUUGAGUCGCUUGCACUAAAUCU